AUCCGACGUCAUCUCGCACGAGCGUAAGCUUCAGAAAACGGCACUACGGCUCACAAGCCACGAAUGGAUGCGGCGCUGAGUGCCAAGUGGGCAAUAAUUGCCGAUUUAAUCCUCUUGAAACCUGUCCCGCCCGCACGCCUGUACAUACGUCAAUUGUAGACCUUGACAACAAGUAAUUCCCUUACCUUUUGGCGUUUGGGUCCUGUUUUCACGCUCCCACCUCGUUUCUGCCCUUCCCUUGGUUUUCUAACUCUGACCAUCAAUGAGCGGGGAUUUUCACGAGCUACGACGAGACGACGAAACGACGCGACGAACAGUUCAUUGAGCAGAUCGACCGACCUUUACCUACUCGACCCGUUUUCAGCCCCAUAAUUCCGACUUCCGCACGCGCAAUUCGUCAUGUCGGGCGUCGACGAUGUAGAAAAUCAGCGCAAGUCGUACAAAAAACCGCGCAACGCCCACAACCCAAUCCCGACCAUCAAGGGAUAUCGCGAAGAGAAGCAAAAGAGACAGGAGGACUAUGGCCAACCAGCCCAGGGCGCAGACGAGGGGACAGACGACGGUGACAAGCGGGCCCGCCUCAGCGAGGCCUACGAUGUCUUUAAACAUGGCAGAGAUACUGGCGAAUUCUCAAAUCAAGAUGGCCCUUACAUGGCCACGAACAAGAACAUAGUGCAAGACGAAGACGAGGCAGAUGAUCAUGCUGGGCGGACACAACCCGCGAAAAAGGAGAAGCCUGCGCCGCAGGACGAGGGCUCUCAGGAUGGAAUGGAAGACACCACGGAGCACGGUCUGCAGUCAUCCGAUCCCAAAACGGCCCGGAAAGAGAUGAAAAAGUUCACUGCAGAUGGGACAGAACGGGAAGUCACAGAUCCGGUUACCCAUCUCCCCGUCAAGAUCCAUGACUUCACCAAGACGGAUUUGAAGAAUACGGCGAAGAAUCCCCCACCAGUGGGAUCAGAACCUAGCACGAUGACGGGCAUGGAUGCUAUCAACAAGAGUGACGAGCACCUACGCAACGAGGAACAGCAUUCGAGGGAUUCGCACACAGCCAUGGAAGUCCUCUUCCCGCCUCCUGAAUUUGACGCGACGCGAACUGAGAUUACUACCGUGUACAUGCAUGCGGUAACAGUGGGCCUGGGAGUCGUUGCUGUGAGCUUGAUGGUAGUAAACACUCUUUUUUGGGCGACACGCCACUCAACUGGUUGGACUAGGCAGCUGUACAAAGUUGCUGAACUCAGUACUAUGCUAGGUGUCUCGGCGGCCAUCAUACUUUUUAUGCGAAAAUGGUCAGAGAACAGGAUUAAGAAUGUUUGGGAUGUUGAAGUUUGGCAGGCAGAAAGGAAGCGCGGUCAGAAGCUUGCGAAGAGCCAGACAGCUGAGAGUGCGCAAUGGCUCAACUCGCUGUUCGCCUCGGUGUGGCCAUUGAUCAAUCCUGAUCUGUUUACUAGUAUUGCCGAUACACUUGAAGAUGUUAUGCAAGCCUCUUUACCCAGCAUGGUCCGUAUGGUCGCCGUCGAGGAUCUCGGCCAAGGUAGUGAAGCGCUCCGCAUUCUCGGUGUUCGAUGGCUUCCUACAGGCGCAGCCGCCAGGUCGGUGAGCUCUGAUGGGAAGCUAAAGUCUCCGCACGAGGAAAAAGGUGAUCGAAAGGUCCAAGACGAUGGUGAAGGUCAAAGUGAAGAGCCGGGACACGACACUAUGGAAGCUGAAGAAGGUGAUUUUGUCAAUGUGGAAAUCGCAUUCGCAUAUCGGCCCUCCACUGGAAGGGGCAUGAAAUCACGCGCAAAGCAUGCGCACCUUUAUCUCGCGUUCUACUUACCAGGAAAGAUCAAGCUACCUAUUUGGGUGGAACUGACGGGCAUGGUGGGUGUGAUGCGUCUUCGAUUGCAGCUCUGCCCUGAUCCCCCCUUCUUCUCGAUCUGCACCAUGUCCUUCUUAGGACAACCGAAGGUCACUCUCUCAUGCGUACCACUCAUCAAGAAAGGGCCUAACCUUAUGGACGUACCUCUUAUCUCGAGUUUCGUCCAGUCAUCCAUGGAUGCUGCCCUGGCCGAGUAUGUUGCACCAAAGUCCCUGACGUUGGACCUCAAGGACAUGAUGAUGGGCGACGACUUCAAGAAGGAUACGAUUGCUCAAGGUAUCAUACUCGUUAGGAUCAAGUACGCUUACGAUUUCAAAGAAGGCGAUGCAGGCUUUGGUCCCUUUUCGAAGGGCUCCUCAGAUCCGUAUGUAACUGUAGGUUGGGCCAAGUUCGGGAAGCCGGUUUGGUCUACUCGCGUGUUGCAAGACAAUAUGGAACCACACUGGGACGAAACUUGCUUCGUCUGCGUCACGCCUGCAGAGCUCAAUGUCGAUGAGAGGCUCAGGGUUCAGCUCUGGGAUUCGGAUCGCACGACUGCUGAUGAUGACCUUGGUCGAAUUGAGCUGGACCUCAAGGAAUUGAUGAAGAGUGAAGAGACUAACAACAAGAUGCACGACAGAGAAGAUGGGUUCAAAGCUCUCAAAGCCGGCGAUGGUAUGCCGGGCAAGCUGAGCUGGAGUGUUGGGUACUUUUCGAAGACGAGAAUCACCGACGAUCAGUUCAAGGCGCAAGAGGAGGACCCGGAUGUAAACAGUAUGGACCAGCUGAAGAAGAUAGUCUAUACGGAAGCAGAGCAUAAACUUCGGGAGGCGAGCAUCGACCACCAGGCUGAAGUCGAGCAACAAAAAGCUGAUGACUUCAAACAUCGCCAAGAUGACCUCAUUAUUGCUGCACCGCCAUCUGAGGAUUAUCCCUCUGGUAUCCUCAGCAUUCAGAUUCAUCAGAUCACUGGCCUAGAACUAGAAAUGCUGAACAAAAACAAGGCAACCGAUAACGAGGAAGCAAGCGAGGAUGAAGAAGGCGAUGACCUCCCAUCGUCCUACUGCACCAUUAUUCUUAACCAUAAGAAGGUCUUCAAGACGCGCACAAAGCCGAAGAACUCCAAGCCCUUCUUCAAUGCCGGCUGCGAACGCUUCAUCCGAGAUGUACGCAAUACGGAAGUCCAUAUUGCGGUCCGCGACGCCCGCGUCCAUGAGGAUGACCCGCUACUCGGCAUCGUCUACCUCCCGCUCGAGAGGCUGUUCCAUAAGCGAAGUCAAAUCAAUACCGUCUUCCCGCUCUCGGGUGGCGUAGGCUAUGGACGUGCUCGUGUUUCUCUAGUUUUCCGGAGCGUGCAAGUCCAGGUGCCACGGAACAUGCUGGGUUGGGACUACGGAACCCUCGAUAUCAAAUCAAAAGUCAAAGCCAUUGAUGUUCCAAAGGAUCUUCAACCCCUUAGGAUGAAGAUUCGCAUCAAGUUCAGUCGUGGGAAGCUACACUCACGGGCGAGAAAUGGGAGGGUCAGCGAGGAAGAUGGACAAACCAUAUGGACAACGAAGGGUGAUAAAAACAUACGUUUACCAGUGCGCGGACGCUAUUCUACGCCAAUGAUUGUCGAGUUUAGGCAAGACGCUACCUUGAAAGACCACACCCCCGCAUUCGGCAUCCUCUGGCUCAAGGAUAUCCCCGAUAACGAGGAACAAACUUUGCAAGUACCAAUAUGGAAAGGGGACUUAAAGCGCGCAGAGAAUAAUAUGCUCGACUCUUAUGGGGAGAAGGUUGGUGACAUCGAAGUAACACUGACAUUUUGGUCCGGUCUAUCAGGCUACCAUGAUAAACUCGCAAAGAAAGACGAAAACCUCCGCCAAGUAAUGGAAGUUCUUGAUGUAUGUAACGAUCAGGAAUGGUCAGACUGGGACGAGUCCGACUCUGAGAAACCCGGCAUCGACACGAACAAGAGCAAUGAUGACGACAGUUCAUCAUCAGCAUCAGAAUCGGAAGACGACGAUCAUGACAGCAAAUUCCUACCAGACUUCCUCCAAAAGGAUAAGAAGCGCGAGUCGAAUCUUAGUGAGGAUGGGAAGCGGGGAACACUAGAUCAACUGAAGGAGUACAAGGAUUCUGCUAAGCAACUGCAUCGGAAGAACAGAGGUGUUAUGCAGUGGAAAGGGCCAAGGACUCUGGCCUGGAUGAAGCAUGUGGGUGAUCGGGGAAAGGCCAAGGUCGGCGGAUUGUUCCAUCAUCAUGAGAGGAGUGGAGCGGGAAUUGAAACAGAGGCAUAAGACGGUAUACAACUUGGAGCUGGAAUCCUCUAUAGGCGUUAGUGGCUACAGAUAGAACAGUCUCAAAGCUCGAAUAAAGUAGGAAUCAAUAAUGUUAAUAUCAUUCCGGAACGCUCCC